AUAAACAGACACACAAAACCCACUAGUCAGUAUCCUUAGCAGUAUUUUGGGCAAGUCAAAGACGGAUAUUAUUUUAAUUUUACCAGUUUGGACUUUGGAUUUUCUCUAGACUCUAGAUUCUCUCUUCUUUGUUGUUUUUAUUUUAAUUUUAAUUGAAAUCUCUCUUACGUACUUUUGAGUAGCUCAACUGUGUCUUUGUUUCUUUGUGAGUUUUUCUUAAAGAAUCUCCGCAAGUCAUUGAAGAAUUUUGAAUCCGUAGAGAGGGAAUUCUGUUCCCGAAAAGAGAGAGAGAGAGCAUUGUUCGUGAGACAUCAUAGGCUCAUAGCCCGUUGACAUUUGGAUUCUCUGAUUGAAAGAGUUGAAGAAGAAUAUCCGACUGGUUAGAGAGACUUCUGAAAGAGGGAGGCAUUAUUGUUGAUCAGUGGGAAUUUUUCUUUUGUGGCUUUUAAAGGGACCACUGUCAUCUGCCUUUGGAUUGCUUUUUUUGCUUCUGAAUAUAAGACAAUUAACUCUUAUCAUUGUCAUAUAGAUUGGAAUCUUUUCUCAAAGCAAAACCCACCAGCUACUUCAAAAUCACUUUUAGGUUGAGAAAAUGUGUGAAAAGCAAAAAACAUGAGCGCAAAAGCAACCGAUUCUACUCUCACUCGACUCAAGCUUGAAGAUCUUUUGAGGGUAGCACAGUUGUUUCACCAAGUCUAAAAUUUCAUUCAUGCCCUCAAGAUGUCCUAAAUUAAUAUCGACAACAAAAGAAUUCUCUUGGAUUUCCCAAUUAAUUGUGUACAAGAAAAGCUAGAUAUUUGAUGAAUGGAAUGGAUUUGCAGGAUUUAUGAUGCUUGUUUGUACUUGGGCAUAGUUUCUUUCUGGGUACAGAAGCCGAGUUUUACGGGGAAAUCCGGGAUGCUGUUUAUGUGAUAAAAGCCAAAUCUCUUAAUCACAGGAUGUGCGACUACCCAGUUGUGAGAUCUGCCUUACGACAUGAUUCUAUCUUGAAAUGUUCACACUCCGGAGCAAGAAAUCGCCAUUUAGAGACUCAAUUAGCUGUUGUGGAUGAACUUCGAGCUGAUAACUCAUUAUUAGAGGUGAGGAAUUAUGGCGAAGCUGCUAGCAGUCCUGAGUUAUGUGGUGAAAGUCACGGCUCUUAUCCUUAUAGAUUUAGACUUGAGCAAGAUGUACAAAGAUUACAACAGCAGCUGCAAAAAGAGAUUGAGCUACAUUCUAUCCUGGAAAAUGCUAUUGAGAAGAAUGCUGUUAAAUUGUCUAGUCCAUCAUGUCUCCCUCAACAAGCUCAGGAGCUUGAGCUUCUUUCCAAUAUCGCAGUUUUGGAGGUGUCAGUUUUGAAAUUAGAGCAGGAGAUGAUCUCUCUGCAUUUCCAACUUAGUCAAGAGAGAAAUGAACGGAGGCUUGCUGAGUACCACUUGAAGCAUUUAUCGACGCAGUCAAUAUCUACUUGCUCGUCUAGCAUAACAGAAACUCAGACUUCAUCUUCUUUGAGGUGCUUGAAGAAUUCAAAUUCUGAAUUGCGUUAUUCUUCUGAAUCAGAAUCUACUGGUGAAUCAUCUUGUACAAAGCUACCGAUGGAGGAUGCAAUGGACUCACCUGGGCUUUUCCGUGAUAAGAACAUAUUCACAAAGAUGGAUACUGAUUCUGCUCAGCCUGUAGAAUUCAGGACACUUUUUAAAGGAAUGCCACUUAAAGGCCUUUGGGAUCACCCUAAUCUACUAUCUGAAGAGAUGGUAAGAUGUAUGAAAAAUAUAUUCAUGUCCCUGGCUGAUUCUGCUAUACCUUCCAAAUCAUCUGCAUCAGAUACCCCCUGUUCAACUAUGUCACCUCGGGGACAUCUUUCCAGUUCAUCUUGGUGGUCAUCAUCUGAGCGCUCAAUGAUUUCAUCCUGGGUGCAGAGCCCACGAGUAGAUAUAGAGAGGAACUCUGAGGUGUUGGCUUCAGAGAACACCUUUGAUCCUUAUAGAGUGAGCGGAAAGUUAAGUUGGGCAGAUAUUGGAAAGUAUGCUUUGGCAACUGAAAUUUCUUGGAUGUCAGUUGGGAAGGAACAACUAGAAUACGCUUCAGGGGCACUCAGGAGGUUUAGAACACUAGUUGGGCAACUGGCCAGAGUGAACCAUACCCGCUUGAGCUGCUAUGAGAAGCUUGCUUUCUGGAUCAACUUAUACAAUGCGCUGAUCAUGCAUGCAUAUUUGGCAUAUGGAGUUCCAAAAAGUGACUUGAAGCUUUUCUCAUUGAUGCAAAAGGCGGCAUACACUGUCGGAGGCCAUUCAUUCAGUGCAGCUGCUAUCGAGUACGUGAUUCUGAAAAUGAAGCCGCCCCUACACAGGCCACAAAUUGCUCUGCUCCUUGCCCUUCACAAGUUGAAGGUAUCAGAGGAGCAACGGAAAUCCGUGAUUGAUUCAUAUGAACCACUCGUAGCUUUUGCCCUCAGCUGUGGCAUGUACUCAUCCCCCGCGGUAAGGAUCUAUACGGCUGAGAAAGUGGAGGAAGAGCUUCAAGAAGCUCAGCAUGAUUUCAUUCGGGCUUCAGUCGGGAUUAGCUCCAAAGGGAAGCUAUUGGUGCCGAAAAUGCUGCACUGCUUUGCUAAAAGCUAUGUGGAUGAUUCAAAUUUGGCAGUGUGGAUAUCACAUUACCUUCCACCCCAUCAAGCUGCCUUUGUUGAGCAAUGCAUUUCGCAAAGACGACAAAGCCUUCUUGGUUCUCGCAAUUGUGGCAUCCUUUCCUUCGACUCUCGCUUUCGUUACCUGUUCUUGCCUGGCAAAAUCACACUCAAAUGAUACCUUCUAUCAUUCGUCGGCAGCCUUACUAACCGGAAAACUCUGUCAAAACUUGUCGGAGGAGCUAAAUGAUGCUAUGGGAACUACGCUACAUCUCCGUGGGUUUGAAUCUAAGCCUUGUUGAUCUAAAGGGAUGGUGCAGUUUUGGCCUUGUUUCCCUUUUGGGAUUGUACAUUUUGUUCAUCAGAAGUUUAACACAAUGAUGGUUGAUGAGUUAUGUGUGUAAUCUGACAAGUUUUAGACAAAAAAUUACAAUAGUUUGUGUUAUGGUCAUGUGGUGCACAAAUAU